ACUCCGCAUUUCCCAUUCGACGGCGACGUUUAUCCCGUUCACCUUCCAUUUUGUGAGCGAAACUCCUCGUGCGCGAUUCCUCCGUAGUCCGCGAAAUACACGCACAGCGAUCGUCAACACAGUCGGUCGACCGUCCAUUUUUGUUGCCGUCGUGUGCGUUAUCCUCCGUCGGUCCAUCAACGAGACGUCUCCAACAGGCUGUAGCUGCACUGCAUAACCACCGGCGUGUGCCCGUUUUCUUCGUCUUCUCGAAAUAAUUGAAUAAAAAAUAUACAAACACAAUGAAGGUCCCCAAGGAAGAAUCCAAAGAACAAAGUAAUGACAACACAUUAAAUGAUGAUGAUAAUUUGAGCAAUCCAUAUGAUACAGAAUCAAAUUCCGAUUCAAUUGAUCCACCAACAAGGGAUGGAGAUUUUUCAGAAUAUAUGUGGAUGGAAAAUCAAGAAGAGUUUGACUUACAGGUUAUGAAAGAAUUAGAAGAAAAAGAAUUGAUGAAAGAAUGCCUCGAGGCUAUGUUAGACGAUGAACAACAUAAUAGCAAACAGAAUGGUUCAGCAAAUGGAGAUGCUCAAACAAAUGGUUCAAGUAGCUCUACCUCAAUGAUUGCCCAUAGACUUGAUCAUUUGAACUUAAAUACAUCUUGCAAUAAUGGUGAUCAGCCAAGGCAAUCUACAAGUACUCUAAAUCCAGAUGCUGCCGAAUUUGUACCAUUAGCAACCCGGUCUGUGACUAAUGCGCCUGUAGUAGUUGCAAGUCCUUCAUAAGCGAGUAAUAAAUAUUUUUAACAUACAACUAUAUAUUAUAAAUAUAUAUAUAUAUAAAAUAAAGUAAAUAUUAAUCUAUCAUCACAAAGUAUAAUAUAUUUUCAUAUUAAAGAAAACUUAAAUUUUCAAUAAAUGACUAUGAUGAAUUUUUUUUGUAAAUAUUCAUUAUACUCAUAAUUUUUCACUCGAUUUUAUCAUAAUUUAAAAUUACUGAAUUACACAUAUAAUAAAAAUUGCACUUAUGUUUUGAUCACUAUUGUCAUUCGUAUAACGGAUUUAUUAUCGAUUUUUUAUAAUGUUAACAAUGGAAAGUAGUACAAUGUUUAUAAAAAUUAAAAUAAACAAAAUGGCUAACACAAUCCAUGUUUAAGCAUAUUGCCACUUAGUCAACUUGUCAUGUUUUCCAGUCUAUUUUAUCUUUUAGUUUAUAAUUAUUGAUUUAGUAUUCA